AUGCAACAUUUUCGACCUUUAUGGGAGUCCAAUCAUCCGUUUGUGCCGGUAUUUAAAAGCAGGCAUAUUUUAUCGGGACCGCCUUUUUACAACGUUCUCGUAUGGACCUUCCUCGGAUUGUUGACGUUCCCUUGCUGCGUCCGCUGUUUGGUAUUCAAAGUGGGCGUCCUGGGGCCUUGGAACUGCGACCCGAUCUUCUACAGGACGCUGCCCGCGGCCGCCGCGAGGCUGGCCGUAAGCAGGAUAAAUGGGGACCUCAGUUUAAACCUGGGCCUGAAGAUGGACUUUGUCAUCCUGCAGGAGCCUUGCGAAACUUCCAAAGCUCUGACACAAUUCAUACACUACAAAAAUAUGGCGGAUGCAUUUGUGGGUCCCACUAAUCCCGGAUACUGUACUGCAGCGUCACUGCUGACGAAGAAUUGGGACAAGGCCAUCUUCUCCCACAGUUGUGUCAAUUUCGAGCUGGACCGAAUCACCGGAUACCCGACUUUUUCGAGGACGGUGCCGUUCCCCUCCGAGGUGCUUUUCAUGGUACUGAAGCACUUCCGGUGGGCUAACAUCGCGGUGGUCUCCUCCAGCGAAGACAUUUGGAUGGACACGGCGGAGAGAGUGGCCGCCGCCAUGAGGAGAAAGGGGCUCCCCGUCGCCUUGGUCACAUCCGUCGGCAUCAAUGAGACCCAAGUUGAGAGCACGCUGAGGAAGAUCCAGAACGCAGGGGAAAUUAGAGUCAUUGUCAUGUGCAUGCACUCCGUGCUGCUCGGAGGAGAGCAGCAGGCCGCUUUCCUCGUCAAGGCCCAGCAAAUGGGUCUGACUUCCGGCAAGUACGUUUUCGUACCCUACGACGCCCUGCACUACAGUUUGCCCUACGACGUGCCCUACUUGCCCCUGCAAAACGACAGCAGGCUGAGCGAGGCCUACGACUCCGUUCUAACCAUCACCGUCGUCUCGGAGCCCGUGUCCUUCAACGAGGCGUACUCGGCGGCGCGAGAGAGCGGGGAAGUGGCGCUGAGUGUGGCUGCGCAGCAGGUUAAUCCACUAUUCGGUACCAUCUAUAACAGCAUCUACCUCAUGGCCAAGUCCAUCCACAAGACCAGGAGAGCUGGCACGCAUCUGUCCGGCUCAAACCUGGCCUACUUCAAGAACGUAACCUUCAGCGGCUUCAACCAGAAGGUCCAGGUGGACAACAGUGGGGAAAUCAAAACCAGUUACAUCAUCCUGGACACCGGCUACGCCGGCAGCCAGCUGUACCCGACCUACUUGGUGGAUCUGACGUCUGGGCGGCUUCGGUUCGCCGGGAGGUCCAUUCAUUUUCCAGGGGGGUCUCCCCCACCUUCUGAUUCCAGCUGCUGGUUUGUUGGAAGUGCGCUCUGCACGGGAGGUGUGGAGGUAACCUACAUCAUCGUGGUGUUUUCUGUCAUCUUGGCUUUGGCUGCGGCGGGGCUCGUCAUCAGUCUCUACAUCAGGAGGAGGCUCCAACAAAUCCAACUGGUCAAAGGUCCAAAUCGGAUUCUGCUGACCUUUGAGGAUCUAACUUUCAUCAACCCUCAGAUUAGCAAGAAGAAAAUAACUUUGGAGGACAUGAGUGAGUCCAAAAGUGCUCUCGAGGAUAAAUCCGCUGACCGAUCGAGCUCAGUAAACAGCAUGCACGCAGAGACUCACGAGACCACCAACGUUGCCGUUUUUGAGGGUGACUGGGUGUGGCUAAAGAAAUUCCAGGAUGGCCACUUUAAAGAAGUGAAUCAGAGCAGCACAAAGAUUUUUACCAAGAUGAAGGACUUGAGAAACGAGAACGUAAAUCCCUUCCUGGGCUUCUUCACGGAAUGUUCUAUGUUUGCGGUGGUGACGGAACAUUGCUCCAGGGGGAGUCUGCAGGACCUGCUGAGGAACGAGGAUGUCAAAUUAGACUGGAUGUUCAAGUCCUCGCUUGUGCUUGACCUCAUCAAGGGUAUGAAAUAUCUUCAUCAUAGGGAUUUUCCACAUAGCCGUCUGAAAUCUCGGAACUGCGUGGUGGACGGUCGCUUUGUGCUCAAGAUCACUGACUAUGGUUUUAGCGAGCUACUGGAAUCUCAGAAAGCCCCCCUGGAACAACCUCCACCUGAAGACCUUUUUUGGACCGCUCCAGAAUUCCUGAGGGAUCUCACUAGUUCCCGUAAAGGCACUUACAAAGGGGACGUGUACAGUUUUUCUAUUAUCCUGCAAGAGGUGGUGGUCCGAGGACCACCGUACUGCAUGCUGGGCUUACCACCGGAAGAGAUCAUUCGAAAGGUUAAGAAGCCCCCUCCGAUGUGUCGGCCCACUGUCGCUCCCGACCAGGCUCCUCUGGAAUGCAUCCAGCUGAUGAAACAGUGUUGGAGUGAGCUUCCGGACCGAAGGCCCACCUUUGAUGAGAUUUUUGACAGGUUCAAGAUCAUCAACAAGGGGAAGAAGACUAACAUCAUCGAUUCCAUGUUGAGGAUGCUGGAGCAGUACAGCUCCAAUCUGGAGGACCUCAUCCGGGAGCGAACGGAGGAGCUGGAGGUGGAGAAGCACAGGACAGAGAAACUACUCUCCGAAAUGCUGCCACCUUCUGUGGCCGAGGCGCUGAAAACCGGUGCCACUGUAGAACCGGAAUACUUCGACCAGGUGACCAUCUACUUCAGUGACAUUGUGGGUUUCACCACGAUCUCGUCGCUCAGUGACCCCAUCGAGGUGGUCGACCUUCUCAACGACCUCUACACGCUGUUUGAUGCUGUGCUCUGCAACCAUGACGUCUACAAGGUGGAGACCAUCGGUGAUGCUUACAUGGUGGCGUCAGGCUUACCAAAGAGAAACGGCAACAAGCAUGCCGCCGAAGUCGCCAAUAUGUCUCUAAACAUCCUCAGUUCAGUGGGAACCUUCCGGAUGCGCCACAUGCCCGACGUUCCUGUCAGGAUACGGAUCGGGAUCCACACGGGGCCCUGCGUCGCUGGGGUGGUGGGCCUGACCAUGCCCCGCUACUGCCUGUUUGGAGACACGGUCAACACUGCCUCGAGAAUGGAAUCUACCGGGCUGCCUUAUCGAAUCCAUGUAAACUUGAGCACUGUGAACAUACUUCGAUCCCUCAAGGAAGGUUAUAAAAUAGAAGUAAGGGGCAAGACGGAGUUGAAGGGGAAAGGUAUCGAAGAGACUUACUGGCUCGUAGGGAAGUCUGAUUUUGCGAAGCCUUUGCCAAAACCACCAGAGAUUAAACCAGGCGAAGACAAUCACGGCCUGAGCCCCGAAGACAUAGCCAUGUACAAAAGAAAGAAGGCCCAGAAAAAGGCCUGACGCGCAGGGUCAACUGGCAGGAGAUGGUGACGGAUGAGAUCAAGACUCUUUUCCGCAAGGCCAACAGGCCAGUG